AUGACAGGAAAAUUAUCAUAAACCACUCUUAAAAAUAUAGUUUUGCUUACUAAAAACGUAGAGAGAUCUUCGAAUUUCUUUUCAGAGAUAAUUGGACUAAAACUUUUACAUUAAACGGCUAAUCUAGCAGAACUCAAAGACCAAAGAGACUUUAGACUUAUUAUCAGACAAUCACCUAAGUAACUAUACAUUGCUAACUUAUAAUUGAUAUAUAGUCUCGCCUAUAGCACUUAUGGCUACUCCCCUAUUCUUAACUUUGAAAUACCUUAAUCUGAGGAAUUCAUUGAAGUCAUUGAUAAGGCAAAAUUGCAUUAUAAAUGCUAGUUAGAUGGAGAUAUAUAAGAGGACAAUUAUUUGAAGAUAGUUUGCUUGAGAAUGGAAGAGGGACAGACCAUAAGUUUAAGUUAAGUAGUAUAGGAAAAUGAAGUAGAGAAGGAAUACGAUCAACUGAUUAAAGAUGAGGGAACAAGUGUUUUUGAAAAGGAAAGGCUAAUGGAUCCCAAAUAACAAGAACUUAGAAGAUUAUUUGAUGCCAUUAAAUUGUGA